AUGAUUUCAUUAUUUUCCAUAUUCUUAUAAUAAUGCUUAGCUGAAAUUCUGAUUUAAAAUUUGGUAAAUACAACAUAAGGAAUAUAAAGUACUCCUUUAAAUAAUUUCUGUGAAAAUCUACUUCCAUAAAAUAACCUGAAAAUAUCAGUCACUUAAUAAUCUUCAGAAAUGCCAAUAUUGGCGAUUUGUUAAGAUAAGCUAGAGAAUAUUGAGAAUUUUGAAGACCUACUUGAUUCAACUAAUGAUAGAUCAAAUAGUUGUUUAUUAGACUACAAUGCUUACGUAUUAAAAAACAAGACUUAAAUCAUCUUUUUGUCACAUAACUAAUAUCCAACUUUAGUAUCCAAAUAUUACAAAAUUUUCCAGAUCGAAGGAAACAAAUGCAAUGCAAUUAUAUAUUCAACUACUGACUCGGAAUACAUUUUGACCAUUGAAUCCUUCGAAAUCGACGAAUGCGCAGAGGAUUGCAAAAAUAAAGGGGUUUGUGUCAAAGGCUUUUGUCAAUGUCCAAUAGGAUUUGUUGGAUAUGAUUGCUCUAUCGCAGCUACCAAUAUUGAAUAUAAUAACUAUUUUUAUGGCUUUUAAGUCCAGUAUUUGGAUUUAAUCACCUUAUAGUCAGUAGAUUAUACAAUUGAGUUAAAUUCUGAUAUAUCUUAUUCAAUUUAAUGUUACUCGAACUCAUCGCGUUUGUUUAUGCCUCAUUAGAUAGGGAAAACUCUGAAGAUUGAGGAAGACCAAAUAAAUUUAUGCAAGGAACAAACAUUGAUAUUGGAACAAUUCACAAAAAUAAGUUAUUAUUCUUAAUUUAUUGUGGUAACCAACACCUCAGAUGUUGUAUAAUAUUCUGAAUACAAUACUGAAUAACCGUAAAUCCUAAUAGUUGUUAUAGUGUUGGUAACGAUCUUAAGCCUUAUUAUUAUUUUCAUUAUUGUAGUUUACAUUCUCAAAAAGAAAAGUAGCGUCAAAUAGUAGAAUAAUGUCAACCAAAUUCAAUAUUUCAUGCCUGUUUAACAAUUUCUAUCAGUAACAGACAGGAAAUCAUCUUAAAAAGAUGAAUAAUUUUGUUCAAUUUGUUUAGAGCUGUUUAAGCCUGACAGUAAUGUUAGAAUCACCUAUUGUGAACACAUUUUUCAUGUGAAUUGCUUGUAAAACUGGAUGAGAAAGAAUAAGAUCUGCCCUUUGUGCCGAGCAUCUCUGGAUACAAUUACCAUUUAAUCAAAGAGAUAAGACUUGAAGAGUCCUCAAAAAACUCAUAUUUUACAAUAAUUAGGUUAACAAUAAAAAAAUGAUGGUUCUCUGACUUCUAUUGAUGGAAGUCUUACAUUUCACUCGCCAGUUACAAAGCAGCUUGGAGUUGCCAAGCACUCAAAAUUCCUAAAAUGA